AUAUCUGAAAUAGCAUUGAACUCCUAGGCUCGUAGGUGACAGUAAGGAUGGUUUCCGUUUCAGAUAAUUAGUUAUGCACUAAUUUUGUGUGUUUAGCGCUUGAAUGACUAGCGGAGGAAUCAGUAUGACUGUCACACGUGGCCUUGAGACCAUGUGGACUGAACUUGACCUCGAAGUUUACUUGGAGCGCCGUGACCCACCAAAGCGGCCUAUUCAACCUUGAUUCAUGCAUGUUACCAAUUCUCGGGUUUUUUAUAUUCCUCAUAAAUUUUGCAAAUGGUGAUCAAGAAUACUUACAUCUUCGUGUUAUUGACCCGUCCACAUUACCAUUCUUAUACCGCUUAAGUCCUGGUCAGAUCGGACCACAUUUCAAUACUACCUUCACAUCGACUUCCUUAGUGGUAACCGAGCCCCCUCAUGCUUGUGAGCUGAUAACAAAUACCCGUGAAGUCAACCGUAAUAUUGCUCUUAUAAUCCGUGGUGGAUGUAGUUUUGUAACUAAAGCUAUUAAUGCCCAUGUAGCUGGUGCAGUUGCUGUAAUUGUCUAUGAUUUCAAUCGAAAAGCAGUCCAUACAUUCAGUAUGAUUCAGGAUGAUACGUCCAGACGUGUUCAAAUACCCUGUGCAUUUAUGAAUGGGAAAGAUGGACAUACAAUAAUCAGUGCUUUGGAUAGUUUAAAUUUAACCAAAGCAGUAGUCGACUUUCCUGUCAAUGUCACAGCGGUACCAAUAUAUCAACUACGCCUAACUCCAUGGACAUUAUGGUAAAAGUAAAAAGUAUAAAGGCGGAAAGAAGAUAUUUAACUUUGUUAUUAAUAUUAUUAGUAUUAUUAUCACGGUGAUCACUUUGUAGAAUACUUCUUUUUUCAUCAUCUUCUUCUUACUAAAUGUGUAUAGAUGAAUUAAAGAUAUUUCUGAGUUCUGUGUUUCCUUUCAGCGAUUGAGAUAAUAUAUCCUGUUUUAUAUAUAUUUUCAUUUUUCACUUGAACACUGGAAUGCCACUGGAAUACUUCUAAGUUAAGUUGUCAGAGUGUUUUUUUAAAAAAAAUGUUCUUACAGUUAUAUUUUUCGAUGUAAAUAUUUUCUCUUUUAUUAAAGCUUUUAUCUUCUAAGCGGAUUGUUUUUGCUUUUUUGCUUGCUGUUUUUCCAACAAAGUUUGGUUGACCAGUUU